UUUGAGUGCUUGUUUUCGGUUUGUGUGGAUGCCCUCCCCCUUUCCUUCUUCUCCUUUACCACGACGAAUUGCAUUGCAUCGAUGCAGCGAUGCAUUUAUCUGUCAAUAAUUGUUUUAGUUCUGUUCUCCUUGGCCUCUUGCGCGCUAUCUGUGCUUGCGUAUCGGAUUGUUAUUUUAGUUAUUUGUGAAACGAAAACUCUUCCCCCUCUUUGCGAUGGACUACGUCGAUAUACAGGCCGUUGAAUCGAAGCUUACCGACGUGACGGUCACUCCGAUACCGAUGAUAAAGAAUGCACAUACCAAUCACAACACCGGGAGCAGCAGCAGCAGCAACUACAACAACAACACGGCCAAUAUUACGAUAACUCCGCAGAUUAAUCAUCGCAGCAGCAGUAGCAACAACCAACAUAGCAGUGUAUCCUCUUCGGCCAACGAUGGGUCCUCGGGUGCACUAGCAUUAACCGUCGGCUCAAACAACAGUGCUGCAAAUCUGGUGGCCCCGGUCACUACGUUUAAUCACUUCCCCAACAACGCAGGACUGUCGAAGUACGCUCAGCUCCUAAUGGUGAUCGAGGAGAUGGGACGCGACUUACGUCCAACGUACUCCGGAAGUAGAAAUUCAGCCGAGCGGCUGAAACGAUUGAUCGUGCACGCCCGCAUUCUGGUUCGGGAGUGCUUGGUAGAAACGGAACGAUCCGCAAGACAGUAACCGUAGGGUGACACAAGCAAAACCCCUACACGAUCCAGCCGUGGUAUCCGCCGUUUCUCACUCUAACUUACUCUCAUUCUUCAAGUGCAUUCGUAAGCAGUCCUUGGCUUUUCCGGGGACGGCCAUGUUGUGACAUCAGCCGGAUGUCGAUGGUACGGUACAACGUUUAACAUAAUCCAUAGUACAAAAAGGACAGCGUAAUGUUUGUGGCCGGAAUGCAUUGCAGUAGACGGAAGACGAUGCAUAAUCAGUUAACGGUAGAGUUGAGAGCAGCCUUAGCUAAUAACAUAGACUGUGUAUUUACGUUACGGAAGUAGCAAAGCAAGCAAGAACGAAGUAUACCAAAACACAACCCAACAAAGGUGCAGCAUGUAUACAGAAGUUUUGCAGCGAGAGCAGACACGAUCGCAUCGCUGAUGAAAUGCUCUCUUUUUUCUACAAAACAUAUAAACAAGCGUAAUAAAAGACGAUACAAUUGUGUAGCCUUUAACUAUAUACAAUCGCGAUUGUGUAGACAUACCCUGUAGUAGGGAGCUGAUAAAGGGAUAAAUAAAUGCAUAUUUAAAGUAAACCACA